CGAUUCAGAGCAGAAUAACCUCCAGCCCCAAAAUCGGAAAUAUGGUCGAAGAAGCGGAGAAAUUAACAACCACCGCCCCCAAAGAGGAGCCGGAGGAGUUGUCGUCUGCCACCACUAAUCAUCAGAACGAGGAGAAAUUGGAUGUGGAGGAAGGAGAGAUCGUUGGUAGCGAAUCGGACGACGCAACGAAAGCUGUAGCGCCGCCGACGCCUGUGAAGCAUCCCCUGGAGCAUUCAUGGACGUUUUGGUUUGACAAUCCCUCCGCAAAAGCGAAGCAGACUGCUUGGGGAAGCUCGAUUCGCGCUAUUCACACCUUCUCCACUGUUGAAGACUUCUGGAGUGUUUUCAAUAACAUCAACCAUCCGAGCAAGCUGGCUGUGGGGGCUGACUUUCAUUGUUUCAAACACCAAAUCGAACCUAAAUGGGAAGAUCCUGUUUGCGCCAAUGGGGGAAAGUGGACCAUGACUUUCUCAAGGGGUAAAUCUGAUGUCUGUUGGCUCUACACGUUGCUGGCAAUGAUUGGAGAGCAAUUUGAUCAUGGAGAUGAGAUAUGCGGAGCCGUUGUUAAUGUCCGAAAUAGACAAGAUAAAAUUUCACUUUGGACAAAGAAUGCGGCAAAUGAGGCUGCUCAGGUGAGCAUUGGAAAACAGUGGAAAGGGUUACUGGAUUACAAUGAGAGUAUCGGUUUCAUUUUCCAUGAGGAUGCAAAGAAGCUUGACAGGGGUGCCAAGAACCGAUACAAUGUGUAACUUCUUCAUCUGCCGAGUGCUGUAGAGGUCUUGUUGUCUUCACAUCUGUGAUAUCUUCAUCGCAAUUAACCAACUGAAUCUUCUUUCUUGAAUCCAACUCACUUGUGAUCAUCAUCAUCCCCGCUCUAUGAUCUUCAGACAGCUCGAUGCAGUUGAAUUGAAUAUUAAAUUUUUUUUUGCAAUAGUGGCAUGAAUUUGGGCUUGUACCGAGUCUCUUAAAAAAAUUCAGUGUCUGAAAUUCUAAUCUGCUUUAGUCU